UAAUUCGAUCUAUAAAAGAACCACCGAAUCAUGUCCCCCUCAAAAUACCUUUUUAUUUCUCCUCCAUACUUUCUCAAAGCUACUUACUAUCUUCUUCUUUCUAAAUUCCUACAUUCCUGACUCAAGAACCAUCAAUGGAGGUCGAAUACCAAGAGGAAUACAUAAGGAAUUCAAGAGGAGUGCAGCUCUUUACAUGCAGAUGGCUUCCUCUCUCUUCACCAAAGGCCCUUGUUUUCCUUUGCCAUGGUUAUGGAAUGGAAUGCAGCGACUUCAUGAAAGGAUGUGGAACCAAGCUUGCUAGUUACGGGUAUGCGGUCUUUGGAAUAGACUACGAAGGACAUGGGCGGUCCAUGGGUGCUCGUUGUUACAUUAAAAAAUUUGACCAUAUUGUCAAUGACUGCUCAAAUUACUUUAAGUACAUUUCUGGACAAGUGGGCUACAGGAACAAGAGACGGUUCUUGUAUGGUGAGUCCAUGGGUGGUGCGGUCUCCCUUCUUAUACACAGAAAGGACCCUACUUUUUGGCAUGGGGCCAUUCUUGUCGCGCCCAUGUGUAAGAUAUCUGAGAAGGUGAAGCCACACCCAUUGGUGAUAAGCAUGCUGACAAGAGUGGAAGAUGUGAUACCACGAUGGAAGAUUGUGCCUACAAAAGAUGUUAUUGAUGCGGCUUUUAAGGAUCCUGUUAAGAGAGAAGAGAUACGUGCAAACACGUUGAUAUAUCAAGAAAAGCCAAGGCUGAAAACCGCUCUAGAAAUGCUUCGGGCCAGCAUGGGUCUUGAAGACAGCUUAAGCAAGGUGACCUUGCCAUUUUUUGUGCUACAUGGAGAGGCAGAUACGGUGACUGAUCCAGAAGUGAGCCGGGCUUUAUAUGAACAAGCCAGUAGCGAAGACAAAACCAUGAAACUAUAUCCGGGAAUGUGGCAUGGGUUAACAUCAGGCGAGCCUGAUCACAACAUUGAUAUCGUCUUUGGUGACAUCAUUUCGUGGCUCGACAAGCGAUCAGAAGAUGAUUAUAUUCCUGAAAAGCAAUUUUCCGACAAUGUUGGUGGCAUAGAGGUGGUUUCUCCUGUAGUGAAGAUGAGUGAGCGCAAACCACGACGGAGUAAAACUCAUGGCAGCUAUCUUUGUGGGUGGAAGGGACGGCGGAUGCUCCACCACUCCGCCAUGUAGUCAACACUACAGCUAAAGUGAAUUGUCUGUAGUGGAAUGUAAUGGAACAUAUUUUUGUGAAUUUAAUAUUUAAAAUCCCAGAACUUUAUUAACUGUUUGAUGCGUAUUUACUCGCUUGUUACUUGGAUCACAUAAUUUUAAACAAUAGAGUUGAUUUGCCA